AUGUUAGACACUAUCAACUACGUCGUGGGAAGAGUCUUGAUGCAGCCGCACGCCAUCAGCCGACUUCACCGCCACGCCGACCACGCUAUGAACAAGCCGCCAAACGCCGGCAGCCGCCAAACGCCGGCAGCCGCCAAACGCCGGCAGCCGCCAAACGCCGGCAGCCGCCAAACGCCGGCAGCCGCCAAACGCCGGCAGCCGCCAAACGCCGGCAGCCGCCAAACGCCGGCAGCCGCCAAACGCCGGCAGCCGCCAAACGCCGGCAGCCGCCAAACGCCGGCAGCCGCCAAACGCCGGCAGCCGCCAAACGCCGGCAGCCGCCAAACGCCGGCAGCCGCCAAACGCCGGCAGCCGCCAAACGCCGGCAGCCGCCAAACGCCGGCAGCCGCCAAACGCCGGCAGCCGCCAAACGCCGGCAGCCGCCAAACGCCGGCAGCCGCCAAACGCCGGCAGCCGCCAAACGCCGGCAGCCGCCAAACGCCGGCAGCCGCCAAACGCCGGCAGCCGCCAAACGCCGGCAGCCGCCAAACGCCGGCAGCCGCCAAACGCCGGCAGCCGCCAAACGCCGGCAGCCGCCAAACGCCGGCAGCCGCCAAACGCCGGCAGCCGCCAAACGCCGGCAGCCGCCAAACGCCGGCAGCCGCCAAACGCCGGCAGCCGCCAAACGCCGGCAGCCGCCAAACGCCGGCAGCCGCCAAACGCCGGCAGCCGCCAAACGCCGGCAGCCGCCAAACGCCGGCAGCCGCCAAACGCCGGCAGCCGCCAAACGCCGGCAGCCGCCAAACGCCGGCAGCCGCCAAACGCCGGCAGCCGCCAAACGCCGGCAGCCGCCAAACGCCGGCAGCCGCCAAACGCCGGCAGCCGCCAAACGCCGGCAGCCGCCAAACGCCGGCAGCCGCCAAACGCCGGCAGCCGCCAAACGCCGGCAGCCGCCAAACGCCGGCAGCCGCCAAACGCCGGCAGCCGCCAAACGCCGGCAGCCGCCAAACGCCGGCAGCCGCCAAACGCCGGCAGCCGCCAAACGCCGGCAGCCGCCAAACGCCGGCAGCCGCCAAACGCCGGCAGCCGCCAAACGCCGGCAGCCGCCAAACGCCGGCAGCCGCCAAACGCCGGCAGCCGCCAAACGCCGGCAGCCGCCAAACGCCGGCAGCCGCCAAACGCCGGCAGCCGCCAAACGCCGGCAGCCGCCAAACGCCGGCAGCCGCCAAACGCCGGCAGCCGCCAAACGCCGGCAGCCGCCAAACGCCGGCAGCCGCCAAACGCCGGCAGCCGCCAAACGCCGGCAGCCGCCAAACGCCGGCAGCCGCCAAACGCCGGCAGCCGCCAAACGCCGGCAGCCGCCAAACGCCGGCAGCCGCCAAACGCCGGCAGCCGCCAAACGCCGGCAGCCGCCAAACGCCGGCAGCCGCCAAACGCCGGCAGCCGCCAAACGCCGGCAGCCGCCAAACGCCGGCAGCCGCCAAACGCCGGCAGCCGCCAAACGCCGGCAGCCGCCAAACGCCGGCAGCCGCCAAACGCCGGCAGCCGCCAAACGCCGGCAGCCGCCAAACGCCGGCAGCCGCCAAACGCCGGCAGCCGCCAAACGCCGGCAGCCGCCAAACGCCGGCAGCCGCCAAACGCCGGCAGCCGCCAAACGCCGGCAGCCGCCAAACGCCGGCAGCCGCCAAACGCCGGCAGCCGCCAAACGCCGGCAGCCGCCAAACGCCGGCAGCCGCCAAACGCCGGCAGCCGCCAAACGCCGGCAGCCGCCAAACGCCGGCAGCCGCCAAACGCCGGCAGCCGCCAAACGCCGGCAGCCGCCAAACGCCGGCAGCCGCCAAACGCCGGCAGCCGCCAAACGCCGGCAGCCGCCAAACGCCGGCAGCCGCCAAACGCCGGCAGCCGCCAAACGCCGGCAGCCGCCAAACGCCGGCAGCCGCCAAACGCCGGCAGCCGCCAAACGCCGGCAGCCGCCAAACGCCGGCAGCCGCCAAACGCCGGCAGCCGCCAAACGCCGGCAGCCGCCAAACGCCGGCAGCCGCCAAACGCCGGCAGCCGCCAAACGCCGGCAGCCGCCAAACGCCGGCAGCCGCCAAACGCCGGCAGCCGCCAAACGCCGGCAGCCGCCAAACGCCGGCAGCCGCCAAACGCCGGCAGCCGCCAAACGCCGGCAGCCGCCAAACGCCGGCAGCCGCCAAACGCCGGCAGCCGCCAAACGCCGGCAGCCGCCAAACGCCGGCAGCCGCCAAACGCCGGCAGCCGCCAAACGCCGGCAGCCGCCAAACGCCGGCAGCCGCCAAACGCCGGCAGCCGCCAAACGCCGGCAGCCGCCAAACGCCGGCAGCCGCCAAACGCCGGCAGCCGCCAAACGCCGGCAGCCGCCAAACGCCGGCAGCCGCCAAACGCCGGCAGCCGCCAAACGCCGGCAGCCGCCAAACGCCGGCAGCCGCCAAACGCCGGCAGCCGCCAAACGCCGGCAGCCGCCAAACGCCGGCAGCCGCCAAACGCCGGCAGCCGCCAAACGCCGGCAGCCGCCAAACGCCGGCAGCCGCCAAACGCCGGCAGCCGCCAAACGCCGGCAGCCGCCAAACGCCGGCAGCCGCCAAACGCCGGCAGCCGCCAAACGCCGGCAGCCGCCAAACGCCGGCAGCCGCCAAACGCCGGCAGCCGCCAAACGCCGGCAGCCGCCAAACGCCGGCAGCCGCCAAACGCCGGCAGCCGCCAAACGCCGGCAGCCGCCAAACGCCGGCAGCCGCCAAACGCCGGCAGCCGCCAAACGCCGGCAGCCGCCAAACGCCGGCAGCCGCCAAACGCCGGCAGCCGCCAAACGCCGGCAGCCGCCAAACGCCGGCAGCCGCCAAACGCCGGCAGCCGCCAAACGCCGGCAGCCGCCAAACGCCGGCAGCCGCCAAACGCCGGCAGCCGCCAAACGCCGGCAGCCGCCAAACGCCGGCAGCCGCCAAACGCCGGCAGCCGCCAAACGCCGGCAGCCGCCAAACGCCGGCAGCCGCCAAACGCCGGCAGCCGCCAAACGCCGGCAGCCGCCAAACGCCGGCAGCCGCCAAACGCCGGCAGCCGCCAAAUACUGAUAGGCACUAA